AUGGCAGCGAGGGCGUUAGAGUCGCGCUUCGAGCGCAUGUCGGUCAACGAUGAGAAUGACCCUGGUAAUGCCGGCAAGAUCUACCAAAAGUCCAAGACCACAGUAACAGCGAAGGAGCUCACGCAUAGCUCAAGCCGGCCACAACUCUACAAAGUAGCACUCCAAACCCAGAAUACCAACACCGUCACAUCCGUUGCCCUCCCUUCGCAGCAAGCACAAUGGAAAGGCUCGCAACCGCCAUCACCGCAACGAAAAGCCCUCCCCUCGGCAUCGCGGACGUCGGCCGAAUCCGUCGAAGAGCGAAAGUCGGUAGUGCUCGUUGAGCAGCCCUCUAUCAAGCUGUUCCACCUCGGCAUGUUCGAGAUCGGGAGACCGUUGGGCAAGGGCAAAUUCGGGCGUGUGUAUCUGGCACGGGAGCGAAGCAACGGUUUCAUCUGUGCCCUGAAGGUCCUGCACAAGAACGAGCUGCAACAAGGCCGAGUAGAGAAACAGGUCCGCCGCGAGAUCGAAAUUCAAAGCAACCUGCGCCACCCCAACAUCCUGCAGCUGCACGGCCACUUUCACGACAGCAAGCGUGUGUUCUUGAUCCUCGAGUUUGCUUGCAAGGGUGAAUUAUACAAGCACUUGCGUAAGGAGAGCCGCUUCCCCGAGUGGAAAGCUGCACAGUACGUUGCUCAAAUGGCGAGCGCCCUGAGGUAUCUGCACCGCAAGCACGUCAUUCACCGGGACAUCAAGCCUGAGAAUAUUCUGGUUGGGAUCCACGGGGAGCUCAAGAUUUCGGAUUUCGGUUGGAGUGUGCAUGCGCCCAACAACCGCCGGAAGACCAUGUGCGGUACUCUCGACUACCUUCCUCCGGAGAUGAUCAAGCCUGGCAGCCAGGACAACUACUACAACGAGAAGGUUGACUUGUGGUCGCUCGGCGUUUUGACGUACGAGUUCCUCGUAGGCGAGGCGCCGUUCGAGGACACACCUGUCAUGACUCAGAGGAGAAUUGCGAGGGCCGAUAUGUCGAUCCCGUCGUUUGUCAGUCCCGAGGCAAAAGACCUCAUCAAAAGGUUGCUUGUCCUUGACCCGGACAAGAGAAUACCCCUAGAGCAAGUCGAGCAACACCCCUGGAUUAUCAAGCAUUGCUUGAAGGGCGAGCGCGCUGCGAACCGAGAGAAGGCAAAUUAA